AUGCUCUGCGCAAAUGUUUUUCACGAACUGAAUCUGCAAUUCACUGUGUUAACCAGUUGCUCGCGAAUAUCGCCGUACGCCAACGAGGAGUACACCGUGGGCUGGAUAUGUGCCCUUCCUGUUGAGCUAGCUGCAGCAAGGGGAAUGAUUGACGGGGAAGACCAUGGGGAGCCUCAGACCUCACCCGCAGCAGCAGAUCAGAAUCGCUACACGCUGGGGACUAUCGGUCAUUUUCGAGUGGUGAUCGCUUGCCUGCCAAAGAUCCAGCUUGGCUCGUCCUUCGCAACCGCUUCGGUGAAGGACAUGCUAUUCACCUUCCCUAAUGUUCGCAUAGGUCUCUGUGUGGGUAUCAGUGGCGGCAUUCCUGAUUAUGAGAGCCAGGAUGAACAGGAUGUUCGUCUCGGAGAUGUUGUUAUCAGUAGUGACUCAAAGACUGCGGGUGUCGUGGCCUAUGCUCUGGGCAAGAAAUUGGCCGAUAGCUCGUUCGAGACUCGGUCUGUUUUGACUCCGCCCCUUCGAUCGCUAGAGUUCUACAUUGAACAAAUGCUCGAGAAGCAUCCAUUUAUGCGCAAGAAGGGAUAUUCGCGUCCGGACCAAUCACUGGACCGUCUGUUUAGAUCGGAGUACAUUCAUGCCGCGGGGAAGAACUGUUCGAAAUGCGAUGAUUCGGAGACCUAUUAUGUUUCAUGGACCAAGAAGACUCUUCUGAUACAUGCGACUAUCGCCCAGCAUGUCCAAUCGGCUGAACGCCUCAUUAUGCACGGUGAUUCCUGUGAUGCCCGGGACAACAAGGGCCGUUCUGUUUUAGCCUAUGCAGCUACUACCGGGCAGAUUGCAAUGAUUCAACUUCUGACCUCCCAAAAUGUCCAGCUUGACUACAAUCAUGACGCGAAAGCGGUGAAACGUCCAUGUGAUUACGACAUGUUCACUUCUCUCUUCGAAGUCGCACAUGCCUUAGAAGAGGACGGUCCGGUCUUUCUUCUCGACGAAGUUGUUGAUCCUAGGGGCGCUGACCCCAACACUACGCAAAGUCCUAAAGCUGACACUCAAGAGUCGAUGUCUGAAUCCGAUGUACAGAGCCAGUCGGAACUUUCCAAAGAGGUUUUGGACGCGAACGAUCUCAGCGCCCGGGAGGGUUCUUUUGGCCUUCGCGGCGCACAAUGGAGCAGAUGA